AUGUUUGGAACGAUGUUUGCAGCUAUUAUAUUAGUGUUAGUGAGUGUGGUGGGUGCCGAAGUUAAUGUGACGACGGACGAAUUGCGUCUAAACGGAGGCUCCCGUAUGGCCUGGAUGAAGGGGCUAUUGGACCAUCACGAUUGGCUCGAACUACUCGAUGUCAAUCUCACACUGUCGCAACAAUGUGCUUCUGACCUAAGAGCGUACGUGGUAGCUCUGGAUAAAGGACAGCUGUGGGCUUCUAAAAUGUUUGACGCAUCGGGACAGUAUAGCCCGAAUAUACUCUUCGGAAACGAGUACUGGCUGGGAUCGCUAAAUGCUUGCCGUGACCUGCUACUGAAGCAGUACUAUGCGCAGACACCGCCCUUCGAAACUACAUUCUUUGUGGCCAAGAUGAAUCUGACUGUGGAUGCUGACCAUAUACCUAUGAGUAGACUGAUGUUAGUUGGCCAAUGCAUGCCAGCGUCUUGCAAUGGAAGCGACAUUGCAACAGUGCUAGAAGCAUCUGAGGUAGCAGCAGAAAAACGAGCUGAAGCAAAUGGUAUCGCAGCCUCCAUCCGAACUCUCUACGUCCGUCCCGUGCCCGGACCUUAUGAUUUACUCGCCGAUAUUAAAGUGCAAAUUCUUGGGUCGGUUGUGCUGAUAGUCGCAUUAUGGAUGUUGAUAGCAUCAUUCUACGAAGGAUAUUUGGAGCGGCGCUAUCGAAGGGCAACAGAAUUGCGCGACCUCGAAGUGGCUCGUCAGAAUAACAACUUUAAACCAUCUCCAGUAACGAGCGUACCUCAAACCGAUGAGAAGACAGAGGAUGAAGAAAGCAAACACCUCCGUCGAAGCAGAAGUGGUGUAUGGUCUGAGAUUUUAUUAUCUUUUUCAAUUCUUUCAAAUGGUCGAGCAAUUCUCAGCACACACCGCCCAAGUGAUGGAGCACUCACGUGUUUACAUGGAAUGAGGUUCAUGUCAGUUAUAUGGGUGAUAAUGGUUCACACAUACAUGACCGUGUUCUACAUCGCAGACAAUAAGACAAUGAGGGUUGUAACUGAGAGAAACUUUUUGUAUCAAUCCGUGGGUAAUGCGUCAUACUGCGUCGAUACGUUCUUUUUCAUCAGCGGGCUACUGGUAACGGUUCUCUUCUUAAGGAGUGAAGAUAAAGCAGCUGAACGUCGAAUUGCAAAGGAGAAGAAGAAACUAAACGUUGAUAUUAAUAAGAACACGAACGGGUUUACAAACUCCGCUUUAUCGGUGUCCGUAAUAAGUCAGCAGUCGUUUUACGAAGACUUGUCAGAAAUGCCAAAGACCAGUGUAUACUCUAAGGGAGAAGUUUUCAGAAUGAUAAAAUCAUUUUUUGUUAUGUUGUGUUAUCGUGUAGUAAGGUUAACACCUGCCUAUGCGUUUGUCAUUGGUUUAAGUGAGGUGGCACUUCGGUAUACCCACGACCGUACGGUGUUCGAGCCAGGCAUCUUCGACCACAUCACAUGCGAUCGAUAUUGGUGGCGUAAUUUGUUGUAUAUCAACAACCUCUUCCCAAAAACUGAAAUGUGUAUGGUAUGGUCAUGGUAUAUGGCAAACGAUACUCAGUUCUAUGUCGUAGGAAUAACUUUAUUAUUGAUAUCGGUCAAGCAUAUAAAGUUUGCAGUAAUAUCGUUGCUGAUGCUGUUGGCAAGUUCUUGGGCGACCACUAUUUACGUAUCGGUUUCCCACCAAUAUAAAGUUCGGAUACAAGAACCCUUUGAAAUGUUCGAUCAACUUUACGAUAAGCCGUGGUCACGGAUCGGACCCUACUUAGUCGGAAUGAUCGUCGGAUGGUACUUGCAUAAAACAAAAUGCCAAGUAAAGAUACCAUAUUGGUUAGUCACAGUUGCGUGGCCUUGCUCUUUAGUGCUAAUAGCCAGUCUCAUCUUUGGCAUGGUUGACGGUUAUUUCGAAAUUUGGCCUACAGCUUUCUAUGUCAGUAUUGGACAUACAGCUUGGGGAGUCGCUUUAGCUUGGAUAGCUAUCUCCUGCUGCUGUGGGUAUGGUGGACUCAUCAACUCAGCGCUGUCAUACCGCGGGCUACUCCCACUCAGCCGGCUCACCUACUGCGCCUACCUCGUGCACCCUACAAUUAUGAUAUACACGUCUUUCUUGAUGGACGGUCCAUUACAUCUACAAAAUUCAAUAGUGUUAACUAUAUACGCGGGUUAUGCAGUAAUGGCGUUUCUGGCAUCAUUUGCCAUAUCAUUAGCUUUCGAAGCUCCAGCUGUAAGACUAUUGAAGAUUGUAAGCGGAGGCAAUAAAAAUAAAAAGGAUCACUAA